AUGGAGGAACACCACUGUGGUGUCGGACUUGCCCUCUCGUGGAGACAGAGUGCCCCUUGUGUCGGCCUUGCUGACUGUCAGGUAAACAAUGGCGGCUGUCAGCACACCUGUGUAGGAGACCCAGCCGGGCACAGGUGUCUGUGUCUUCUGGGGUAUUCUCUGAGAGACGACAAUCACACCUGUAUCGAAGAUGAUGGUCUACCGUCAGUGGCCCUCCUGUUUUCCAGUGAUGCUGGAGCUUACUGGCUGCGCCAUGACUUACCUGACGUUCCAGCUGACGUUUCCAUAUCACUUGGAACUCUGGUUUCCGGUAUGCGAAUCUUGGCCAUGGACAUCAACUACGCAGGAAAGAUGUUAUUCUACACCACAGAGGUGGGAGACGGUACUCAGCAGAUCUACAGACGAUCCUUGAUCAAUCCAAAUAAUGCGCCACUUCUCAUAUACUCAAGAGGGAGGAAUAUUGAAGGGAUCGCUGUUGAUUGGGUGGCGUCAAACGUCUACUGGGCAGAACGGUCGCACGGGAACAUACAAGUGUCCAGGCUGGAUGGCAGUUUCAGAAAGGCCAUUGUGUCAGGACUGCACCAACCGUUGGGCGUUGCUGUACAUCCACGUGAAGGGUUGCUUAUCUGGACUGAGUCUGGAACAACUCCUAGAGUAGCGAGGGCAACAUUGGCCGGUACUGACACCAGAACCUUAGUCUCUGGCUUCAAUGUCAAUCAGCCCAAGGGUUUGGCUAUUGACUUCUUGGAAGACAGGGUUUACUGGCUGGAUGGUUUCCAUGGUACCGUCCAAUCAUGUGACGUGGAUGGCGGAAACGUAGUUUCUUAUCCGCCAAUCGGCAACGCAGAUCUUUCUGGAAUAACAAUCUACAAGGAUUACGUUUUGAUGACGGACGGUGACAACCAGCGUCUGAUCAUAGGACUGCGUCAACAUGACGGACAGUUCGUCGUUCACAGGACAGUUUCCGGCCUGGGAACGAGACCGCACAACAUCCAGAUGUACGACGGCAACGAGCAGCUCUCUCAUCCAGGACCGUGUGAUGAAGACAAUGGUGGCUGUGGGGAUCUUUGUCUGCCGGUCCCGAGUGGAAGAGUCUGUGCCUGUGGGGAAGGGCGCUAUCUACAAAUGGACGGUUAUAACUGUGGACUAAACGUGCCGGUUACUGUGCCAGUAACAAUGACACCACAAGCACCAGUUGUAACCACCACUACGAAAGAACCAACGACUACAAGUACACAGAGUCUAUCCACUGUUACCUCCACUACACCACAGCGCUCUACUACGCAACAACCCUCCACCACCACCUCCACUACACGACUUCAUUCCACCACCACCUCUACUACACGACAACCCUCCACCACCACCUCUACUACACGACAACCCUCCACCACCACCUCUACUACACGACAACCCUCCACCAGUACCUCUACUACGCAGCAACCCUCCACCACUACCUCUACUACACGACAACCCUCCACCACCACCUCUACUACACGACAACCCUCCACCACCACAUCUACUACACGACAACCCUCCACCACUACCUCUACUACGCAGCAACCCUCCACCGCCACCUCUACUACACGACAACCCUCCACCACCACCUCUACUACACGACAACCUUCCACCACCACAUCUACUACGCAUGCAGCCCGGGAAAUACUCCAGGUGGAAGGAAGUGUGAAUUUGCCGGGCUAUGUGAAUUACGAUCCAGGGGCACAACACUGGGAGUUUCGGGCAGUGGACAAAUGGGGAAGAACAACGAUAUGCUCCUUCGAUGUCACCAUAUCAGAUUCCAAUCCACCAACCAUACACGACUGCCCAAACAACAUCACCAUGGUAACGGCUACCGAUGGCGUCACAGUCACGUGGGAUGCACCCACAGCCGUGGACAACUCUGGUCGUGACGUCACUGUAACCGUCAGCAAAGACCCCGGAUCGAGUUUUUUCUUCGCAGACCAGGAGCAUGCAGUGACGUACACAGCAAGGGACAUUGCUGGAAACACAGCAACUUGCAAUUUCUGGGUCAUACUAAAAAGUACUUCUUCGACCUGUCCUGAAGACGAUCUACCGACUGUCACAAACGGUUUCUUCGGUGCAUGUUCCGUCUCAGCCGGCGUGAAAACAUGUCCUGUCGUCUGCAACGACUCCGGUUUGAGUCCGUCCUCACGCAGGAUCCGGUGCCAACCGGAUGGACGGUGGGAGAGCGGGGUUUAUGUUUGUAACAGAGGGCGUUUGCCUCUAAGCGUCUCAAGCUCGGCCAGCUUCAGCAUCUCUCUUGCGCCCUGUCGCAAUGACGACGGGUUCUUACACGUUGUCACUUCUAACAUGGUGGACCACUUCGGCCGAACGGGCGUUUGUUGGUACGCGAGCCAAAACUCUGUGCCCCUCUGUGAGUUCAGUAGUGACGGGACCUUCCCAAACAUCAGAGUCUCGUGUCGUCAGAACAACUCUCGCAGGCGGCGAGAUUUGACGGACGUGAGUUGGCUCACUUCUCGCGAGAUUUCUGAAUCUGUCAUUCAUCUGACGUCAGAAAAUUUGUCCAAUCAGGCUCUCAGUGAUGUUGGAGGUUCACCUCUCAAAAAUGCUAAACCAACCAAACACACGGUUGAGAAUAUUGUUAUCAGUAACCCAGCAGGAAAUGCGCAAAGAGGCAGAAUGGCAAGAGAGGUAGGAGGAAUUGACGUUUUGCUGAAGAUGAAAAUCAACAUGGCGGCGGGCGACCUCAGUAGUGUUCAGCAUGCCGAGGAACGACUGCAAAGAGUCAUCGAUGGCGUCAGGGGAAGAGUGUCUUCAGGUGACGUAGUCGUCCGUGUCAAUGACGUCACCUACACGGCUGAUUCCGAGUCGUUCUCGUCUACAGAAGUGACUGUAGAUUGUCCACUAGAUACCGAGAAGCAGGGAAACUUAUGCGCUCAGACCAUGCCUGAGGCAGCUAGUGGUCUGUCUAGCACCGCUUUGAUUGGGAUUGGAGCUGUUAGUGCCGCCUGUCUAGUUGUCGUAAUCGGUGUGGGAGUCUGGUGUAAAAAGAAGAGGUCACAGAUGCCGAUGCCGAGACGAAACUCGCAUCUCAUCACCAUUCACAACCCCGCCUUCGACGACCCAAUAUAUGACGUGAUAAAUGACAAGCCAGUGCAUAUGGCACCUGUUGUGCGAAUUCCCUCCGAUGGACUGAAGGACGUAGGAAACGAUUACUGUGAAAAUCCCGGGCCACUACAAAACGAUGGCGGCUAUGAGAUUCCCUCAGUCCCAGCUUUCAGAAAAGCGCCAUCUAACACCUUUAUGAUGAACAGCAGCCAGAGUCAAGGCCGUCCACAGGAGGAGGAUGGCGACCACGAUUACAGCUAUCCCGCCAAGGAGAGCGGACCGUACCAGGACCUUGCUGGCUCGUUUCAGCGCCAUCACGAGUACCAGAGUCUGGCUGGGGUGGGUCAAAGGUCACGACAUCCUGGGAACGACGAGCGAGCCAAUCACCAGCGUCAGCCUAACAUCGUUCCCGUGGCAGCAGGGUCAGCAUACAACACGACAAACAACAGCCAGAUGUUGACGUUCAACUAUGGACACUAAGUAUGAACAAGACCACAAGAUCAAAUUUCCUAGCCAUCCCAUCACUUCACACAACACACUAUUUCGUCAAAUGGCGCCACCCUUCCCGUCAUACAUCACAAAACAAAAUGGCGGCGUCCUUCCCGUCAAUCAUCGCAAAACAAAAUGGCGGCGCCCAUACAUGGCAACAAAAACAGAACAGGUUUUGCUAUCGCAAACCUGUAAUUAUAUGCUGAUACGCAAUAAGUCAUUCACAUCCCUUUGUAAAUACUGUAGCUUUCAAAAUUCUCGAUACCAGAAUUUGACUAUAUGUUUAGAUCCGACAGCCCUCAUAAUGAUAUUAAAGAUAGGGAAAUAUAUAAAAGAUAAUGGCACUCAAGUUUAUAUAUUACUCAAGUUUACUCCCACCUGAAUGUACAAAGAUUCUUGUUUUCCUAUAUUGUUUAGUCAGUAGGAUUUUAAGAGUUACUCUGUAUCCAUCAUAGUUUAUAUUUGACCAAUACAAAAGUCACUUUACUUUUUUGUCGUAUCAAAGCUUACAUUUAUGGUAAUGCAUUUUAUGAUAUUAUAAAAUUGGUAUGAAUAAGGCGUGGCUUCCUAUGGUAUUUCGAUGCGGAUAGCAUCUACUUUUGUAACAAGACGGUGAAGAAGUGGUCUUCUUAAUGAACUUUUGUACAUACGGUUUUUAAAAACUUGUUUCAAAGUAAUGCAGUUGUACAAUAUUGACUUAUAUGAAUGCUAGUUUAAUUCUGUUUUUUUUUUACUCAACACACAAUUUUGGUUCCUUGGGUUCAGUUUUAUUACUGAAAAUAUAAUAAAGAUAAACAUGUAAAGGCA